CAGGAGACCAAAUGCCAGCUUCAUUGAAAAAGCUCCGUUAUCGAGAAUAGAGACAGGAGGGACAGACGUUUCCAGUGUGCAGACACACACAUAACAAUACACAGAAAACUCUGGGGAACUCGGGGAAAGGACAUUUUCACAGCCUCAAGAACUUCGGUAGGAGAAAGCAGAAAGAAGACAAAUCGUUUCAAAUAUAAAUCAAGGGCAGUGGACACGCGGGAGUUGAUUAUUCAUUCCGAUAACUUGUGGAAUUAUAAGGGUAACAAAAAAUUUAAAAAACUACCUCUCCGCCAUUUCAUAUUUGUAUUAAAUUGUUCCUUUUCUUUUAAAUUUUCUUUUAUCACCUGUCCUCGGAAGAGCUGACAGCCAGACGGUGUAGUAGAAUUGCAGUGCAGUGCGUAAAGAAACUGAACGCAGCACCAGGAGACGGAACAGCUCACUGCGUUUACCAACAAGAGACAGUGAGGAGGAGUGAGAGAGACAGACUGAUUUUUUUGUAUUCUUGUAUUUUUAUAUCAUAUUUAUUAAUUUAUAGCCUACGCGAACAUAUUUAUUUUUUUCCAUUGUUGGUUCUGUUUGGGUCAGAUUUUUUUUCUUCUUCAUUUUUUGGAAUAUGGUUGGGGAAAUGGAAUCGAAGGAGAAACCUAAGCCCACCCCAGACUAUCUCAUGCAACUCAUGAAUGAUAAGAAACUGAUGAGCAGCCUACCCAACUUCUGCGGGAUUUUUAACCACCUCGAACGGCUGCUUGAUGAAGAGAUCAGCCGGGUGCGCAAGGACAUGUACAACGACACGCUAAACGGCAGCACAGAGAAGCGGAGCAGCGAGCUCCCUGACGCAGUGGGCCCCAUCGUGCAGCUCCAGGAGAAGCUCUUUGUCCCUGUUAAGGAGUACCCCGAUUUUAACUUUGUGGGCCGGAUCCUGGGACCACGGGGGCUGACAGCCAAGCAGCUGGAGGCAGAGACAGGAUGUAAAAUCAUGGUGCGCGGGAAAGGCUCCAUGAGGGACAAGAAGAAGGAGGAGCAGAACCGAGGAAAGCCCAACUGGGAGCACCUCAAUGAGGACCUGCAUGUCCUGAUCACGGUGGAGGACGCUCAGAACCGCGCUGAGAUCAAGCUGAAGAGGGCCGUGGAGGAGGUCAACAAACUACUGGUGCCUGCGGCGGAGGGAGAGGACAGCCUGAAGAGGAUGCAGCUGAUGGAACUGGCCAUCCUCAACGGCACCUACCGAGACGCCAACAUCAAGUCACCUGCCCUUGCCUUCUCUUUUGCAGCGAACGCCCAGGCGCCCCGCAUCAUCACCGGCCCCGCCCCUAUGCCCCAGAAUUCCCUGCGCACACCCACCCCGGCCGGCCCCACCCUAAUGCCCCUGAUCCGACAGAUCCAGACCUGCAUGCCCAACGGCUCGCCCCACCCGGGCGUCAUGACCCAGGGUCCCGAGGCGGGCCUCAUAUACGCGUCGCCCUACGAUUACCCCUACACGCUGGCCCCUGCCACCUCUAUCCUUGAGUACCCCAUCGACUCCAGCGGGGUGUUAGGUGCAGUGACUACUAAAGUUCGAAGGCACGAACUGCGGGUCCAUCCUUACCAAAGGAUAGUGACCGCAGACAGAGGUUAGUUUAGCUCCUACGCUUUUGUGUUUUAUUGCUAAUGCCUGCUCACUGUUGGUCCUGAUCUGUUUUGCAAUAUGUACAAAUUGUUAAGCUAGUCAUCCCAGUUUGUGAUGUGAUGCAACAUACUGCACCCCCUUCCUAGUCUUGGCCUCUGAGAACGUUUAUUUAGGUGAUUCUGAGGAAUAGUGACCACAACACAGUAGGAUAAUGAUGCUUUUGCUAUCUAGGUAGAGACACAAACACACAUACCUGCAUUUAUAAAACAAACUACUCCACUCCAUUAUUUCGAUGACUUUAUGAAUCUGACAUGAUGUUGAUGACAAAUAAUGGACUUCUAAAAGAAAGAAGAUAUAAUUAUCUGUGUUUUAGUUUCCCCCUCUGUUGAACGAGAAGGUUGCAAUUUUAUGCACUUAAGUCUUCAACUCCUUACUAAGUGGAUAAUGUUACAUUAUAAUUGAUCAAGUAUGUCCAUUUGUAUUUAUUUGUUUGCGGAAAUUACUUUUUGGAGAAUCUGACCCAUUUUAUUGUCAAAGACAACACAAAAGUAGUGGGUGUCCUAUUUGUUUUUUUCACUGUCUAAUUGGACUGCAGUAGCUUCCCAUUUUCACUACAGUAAUUUAGAAACAAAAUUAAAAUGUUUAUUUAGUGUCAAAAGUCUCAACAACGGCCUUAUGAGUAGAGAGGAGUGGACUCGUGGUGGGCUUUAGACUGGAAAUAGCUUAUUCUGCAGAUAGGUAAACCAACACAACUGCCAAACCCUUUACUCUCUGAAGUCUACCCAUUUCCUGCCCUCUUUAUUGAAGUCCAUGCUUUUACUACCCUCACUGAAUAUUGAGAAUAACUGAGGAAGUUAUUUGAGAAGAAACCAUGUGUGAAGUUACACAGGCAACUAGGAUCUGCAGUCUACAGUGUCUUCUCUUGUUCAUCCUUAGACCUCAGUGCUUCAUACAACACGUGUAUCAUCACAUUUAUAUUUCAUUACAGAUAAUUACUCGUGACCUAAUCAAGGAAACGGUUGCAAUGUGCCAGGAGAUUUGACGCCAAUGCCAAUUGAUAACAGCCGACAAGCCGUGUAUUUAUCAAUAAGGCUACAUUUUAGUACAUACAUUGAAAUAGAACAAUCCAGUGAAAUUAAAUGAAAGUUCAAUAACCAAUUAAUCAAUCACCUUUUUUUGCUGCUAAAUGAUAUGGAACAAUUAAAGAGAGAGUUCACCCAAAUGACAAAAUAACAUAUUGGUUUCUUUACCCUGUCAGCAGUCGGACAAGGUAUGACACAGCAACACAUGUUUUGGUUUAGUUUCCCUGACACUGUUUCCACAGUAAUCCAUUUUGUAAUUUGGGUGAAUUAUCCCUUUAACAUAUAGCACUGUAUGUUCAUCGUGUACAGUCAUAGCGUCGCACUUUAUACGUUGUUGGACAUUGCUUGAAUCCUUAUACUCUUGAAAAGAAAACAUAUUUAUGCCUAUCAUCAACAUGAUCCAUCACAGUAAUGAGUCAGUGAUAUUCUUUACAAAAAAAGUUCAGAGACACACAGUAUAUUAUACAAACUGUAUCUAAGGAUAUUCAGAUUUCACUGUAGAGCAGACUGUGAAUUGCCUCUGAAAACAUUACAGGCCGAAUCUGCCCUAAAACAAAUGAGUAAUGUAAAAAAUAACUGUAACAUGGAGUUACUUAAGAAGUGCAUAUUAUUACUAAAAGGUCAAACCUUAAUCAACAGUUAAAAAUAUGAUAAUGGUAACGGAUAGGUAACACUGACAUAAUUAAUGAGAAACCAACAUCAGAUUAAAUUGCACAAAGGCCUGUAUUUAAUCUACCUCUUCAUAGGUUUGGCCCCGUACUCUGAUUAACAGUUUUACAACAUUAAGAGUUUGGUCAACACUUUAUCCAAACGUUAAGGUAAUACAAUAUAAUAUGAUUGACAUUUGAUUCAGUGUGGUUCGGAUGGUGAACCAUGAGGCAGGUGGAUUGAGUGCAGGCCAACCAGUCAAACCUGUGUGUUUAGAGGCAGGCUGUCUCUGAUGGAGGCAGGGGAGGAGGCAGAUGUAAAAUGGCAUCUGAAAUGUGGGUUUCUUUAUCAGCUCAUGUUGGCAAAGAUGUUGAACAGUCUCAGUAUAGUAUCAAAUAAGUGCAUAAAUUUGGGUCUAGAGAUUUAUACAGUAUAUUCUGAUUUAGAUUUUCCUCUGGACAUUUUACAGUGCAUUUGAAAGCGUUUACAACAGCUCUCAACGAUACACCGUUUUCUCAAACUCUUAGUACAGUAAGAUGUACAGUCUCUUGUCAAUCUGGUGAAGAAGCCACACCUUUCUGUUUUCUUUACAUCUGUUGCAUUUUGCUUCGUUUGAAAAGAGAGACUACGCCACAGAACGUAUUUUGCACUGAAUGAUUUUAAAAAGUCAAACGCAUUUUUCAUCUCUUCUGCUCCAGUCAGAAGGGCAGACAUGUUUAAAAAGUGAAAACUACGACAAACCUCAGACGAUGAAAUGAGUAAAGUAAUACAUGUAUGAUCUAAGCUGAAGAAAUCUUAAACGGACCACUGUGGAGUGGACAGAGAAUUCUAGGGUCCACUUGAUGGAUGAGAAAUUGCCAGAGUAUGAAUGCAUUUAUUGAGAAGAAAAAUCACCUUGAGACAUUUUCUUUAUGUUUUACUGUAAGCUUCUUUUUAUUUGUUGUUGUUGCAAAGAAAAUAGUAUAUACUUGUGGCUUCUUGAAAUAUAUAUAUAAAUAUAUAUAUUAAAAAUAUAAAGCAGGAAUGUAUAUGAAAUGUCAGAUUUUACUUGUAUUUUGCAAAGAAAUAGCAAGGAUUAUUCUAGAGGGCUAUUUGUAGGAAAGACACAUAGCAGCUUUAUAGAACCACUUUAGAAAAUGUCCUAUAUUUUUGAAUAUAUUUUAGGGCUUUAUACAAAAGACAGGACCUUUUCAGUGUUUAUAUGCAAGUGCAUUUUAUAUUAUGUGUCCUGUGAAUUGUCUAUUGUCUCCUAAGCUGAGGGUACCGGCUGAAGUGACAGCUUUAGCAUGCUCACAGCUUAAACUUCCAUGGCUAGUGUGCUAUUCUAGAAAAUACCAUGUAGUGUUGCUUUGUAUCAUUAAGGCAAAGAUUUUCAUGUUUGUUGUAAAUAGAAAACAUACUUUAAAAAGGCAAUAAAAAAUUAUAUUGAGUAAAAAAAACUAUA